AUGGCGGAAAUGAAUGAAAACUUUGACCAAGAGGAUGAUGCACACCAAGCCUUUGAUGGAGACAUAGACAAGCUAGAUAUCCUUAAAAAACUGGAUGAAGAUCCUGAAUACCAAGGACCAGGCACAGACCAGGUCGAAACAUGGACAGACCUAAACCUUAGAGGGCUACGAGACAGAAUCCCAGACAGCAUAUUACGUUGCAAAAGCCUCAGAACACUUGAUGUUUCCAAUAACAGUCAAUUGGACAAAGAGCAAAUAGAAAAAAUCUGUAGGCUCAAGACCAUGGAAGAGUUAGACAUGUCUAAUUCCAGUAUUUCUACAAAAUCGCCCGACAUAGACCUUUCUAUAAUGCCACCUGAUACAUUACAACUUCAGAUGCGGAAGACACUAAGACCGCCUGACGUGUUUCAUGACAAGUUUCAAAUGACUUUAGAUGAAUUUGAGCUUCUGCAAGAGGUCUUCACUACUACGAUUUUUCCUCUGAUAUCACAACUCAAGAAUCUGAAGAAAUUAAAUCUGUCUAAUAACAACUUUAAUCGUGUGCCGUUGCCAUUGUGUGAGAUCGUAAAUUUGGAGUCCCUUGACAUCUCGAAAAAUUCCAUUCGUAGAAUGGCGCCUGAGAUAUCACAACUUGAGAACCUGAAGGAAUUGAAUCUGUCUGAUACGGAACUGAUUAAUUACGCGCUUGAAGAAGAACUGUUCCCAGUUUGGAAAUUGGUAAAACUGGAGAUACUUGACUUGUCUUCAAACUCCAUCUCUACAUUGCCACCUCAGUUAUCACAACUUAAGAAUCUGAAGAAAUUGAACCUGUCUUGGAACGAGUUGAAAGAAAUUGCGUUACCAGUGUGCAAGUUGUUGAGACUAGAAUCCCUUAACCUUGCUGCAAACUCCAUCAAGGCAGUACCACCUCAGAUAUCAAAACUUCAAAAUUUAAAGGAAUUAAACAUAUCUGAUAAUAUUUUGAAAGAAAUCCCCUUGCCAGUGUGUGAGUUGGUGAGACUGGAGGCACUUAACGUUUUGGGAAAUCUAAUCACUACAGUACCACCUCAAAUAGCAAAACUUAAGAAUCUUAAGAAAUUUAAUCUGGCUUUCAACAGGAUGAAAAAACUCCCGUUGCCACUUUGGGGUUUAAUGACACUGGAGACACUUAUUCUUUCGGGAACCAACAUCACUGAAGUGCCACAUGAGAUAUCAAACCUCAAGAACUUGAAGGAAUUAAACAUGUCUGAUAACAAGCUGGUAGAACUCCCGAUGCAAGUAUGUGAGCUGUUGACACUGGAGACACUUAACCUUUCGGGAACCAACAUCACUGCAGUGCCACCUGAAAUAUCAAAACUUAAAAAUCUGAAGGAAUUAAACAUGUCUGAUAACAAGCUCGUAGAACUCACAUUGCCUGUGUGUGAGUUGGUGAGACUGGAGGUCCUUAACCUUUGGGGAAACCACAUCACUAUGAUGCCACAACAGAUAUCAAAACUUGAAAAGUUGAAGAAAUUGAACCUUUCUUGUAACUGGUUGGAAGAAGUCACGUUGCCAAUGUGUGAGUUGGUGCAAUUAGAGACACUUGACCUUUUGAAAAACCCCAUUACUACAUUGCCUCAUCAGAUUACUAAACUUAAGAAUCUGAAGGAAUUAAAAUUGGAUAGAAAACAAUUGACACAGCCACCAUUUGAAAUAGCAGACAGAGGAAAGGACGCAAUUUUUAGAUACUUUCAUGAUCUUAUCAGUACCAAAGCGACAACUUCCUCGAGACUCCAGGUGCAUAUCCUUGGUGAAACUUGUGCAGGGAAGACAAGUUUGGUGAAGACCCUUACCUCUGGAAGCCCUUUUUUAACAGCUAUAGCGGACAGAACACACGUCUUGGAGCAGAUUGUGUGGUCGCCUAAGGAAGAUGUUUUCAUCAACAUUAACGAUUUUGGUGGUCAUGACGUUUAUAGAGUGGCACACAAUUUCUUUUUAACCAAAGAAGCUCUUACUUUAAUAGUGUUUGAUCUCCAGGAUGUAAAUUUAAGAUAUAAACACUCAGUAGGAGACUGGAUAGAAAAUGUUUACGAUAGAGCACCAGAUUCAAUGAUGUUACUCGUAGGUUCGCAUGCAGACUGCAUGAGCAACGAGCAGGAGCUGGAAGCCAGAAAAAAAGGGGUUUUGAGUGCUGUCAUGUCUUACAAAGUUGACAAGGAAUUCAAAUUGAGAACAAGUUUGGAAGAAUUAGAGAAGAAAUCUGAAUUCAAAGAGUUGUAUCCACAGUCAUACAACGAAAAGAUGAACCAUAUUAAAAAGCUAAUUGAGAAACCACCACGCGUUGACAAAAGAGUUUUUGUCACUAGUUCUAAAACUGGAUACGGAAUAGCCGAGCUUAAGGAGGAGUUAGUACGAAGAGCCAAAGAAAAUAAACUAGUACUUCCUGAAACAUGGCUGCAGAAAGUAGAGGAUAUAGAGACAGCAAAACAGAAUAGACAAGACCCUUUCCUAACCCUGGAUUCCCUUGCCAAAAUGUCGGAGAGGGGGCAUGACGAUGCUCAAAGAACUGAAGACGUGUUGAAUUUUCUUCGUGGCACAGGUGCUGUUCUUUGGUUCAAAGACAAACCGUUGCUGAAGACUUUCAUAUUCCACAGACAAGAGGUUUUCAUUGAUAUAUUAAGAGCAGUCCUCCGCCACGAUAUUGAUUUAGUUCUUGCGUAUGGCACCAACCCUUUCAACAAGAAAUACACUGAACGAAAAUUUAAAUGUGCAAGGGAAGAUGUACUGCGAAGAGGUGUCGUCAGUAAAACCAUGUUGGAGUGUUUGUGGUGGCGAUUUAACUUUGGAAAAAGUGGUCUCGACGCUAUGUUAGAAUUAUUAGAGAACUUUGAAAUUUGUUACGUUGUGAAAAGUGAUGAUGAAAACCGAUACCAUUUUCCAUGGCUUCUGAGGGAAGAUCAACCCGAAUGUAUUUCCUCAAAAUGGCCCGCUGUUCCAGCCAGACAGAAGUUGCAGAUUUCAACAGAGAUCCAUUUUCCAACCGCCUGUCCUCCUGCUCUCUACGAAAUGGCAGCAGUCCAUCUUCACGAUUGUUUAGGACAUUACAAAUCAGCACGACAAGACUGGAAGGAUGGUUUUUACGCUGAACUCGACAACCAAUUUCAAAUGUGCUUUGAAAGAAGAGUCAGUGAAAAGUCAUCCAAUGGAAUUCUUCGACUUUCCAUACGCGGCGAAGAUCCUGUUAAACUGAAGGAGCAUUGCCUGUUGAUAUUUCAGAAACUUAUAAAUCUUGUUGGGAGAGAAUGCCCCGGUUCUCCUCGUGAUGAAUAUGUGGUGUGUCCUCACUGUGUACGAGAGCAGAAAAACCUACCAACUCUCUUUGAUGCCCCUAAAAACAUACUGAGUGUUUACCUUGAAGAACAAGCACCUUAUCAUCCGUGUCCCGAGGAAAACCCCAACACCUUGGCUUCAGCAGACUUCUUCUAUCCAGUUACACAAGGGAAAAUGACAGUUUUGCACUGUACAUCCCUUGAAAAACAUGCCAACCAUACUUUGAAGGUCAUUCGUAAUACAUUCAAUGGUCUCCGCAAGAUACUAAGUCGACUCUGUAAAGCUGGUAUAUUGACUGAGGAAGAAAAGAAAGCAAUCCUUGAGCCAGAUGCAGAUGAUAGACUUUCAAGUUUUCUUAAAAGGAAGAGUGAUCUUGCGUUUUACGUGUUUUGUGGUGCUCUCCAUGACAGUGGAAAUGCAGAAACAGCUUGGAUGUUGAGGUUACCCGACUUUGCUAUGAAGCUUCCAGAACAUGCCCUCGGCGAGGUAUUGGAGAGGUUGUUGGAAAAGAAGGCGAUAACACGACAGGACAGGGAUGCCGUGUGGCGUGAACCUUACAAAGAGUUGAGAAUAUCAGCACUAGUGAGGAAGCUUAGGGAAGGAAAGAGAGAUUACGAGGCAGAGCGUGCCUUUAAUGAAUUUGGGGAUGCCAUAGAUGAAGAGAUUGCCAAGCAGAAUGUUUCUAAGGUGUGCAACCUUUGUAAACUGUUAUUUUCCUUAUGA